AUGCCUCGCCGACAAGAGGCAGAGUUCAUGCACGUGCGGAGUGGGGCAACUGCACUGGUGCAGCUUGGUGAGUACAAAGAGUUGCACGUGAAUCAAACAUCAGGACACAUCACAAUCCGCACGGCUGAGGGCCCCUCCACAGUGCGAUUCCGGUCAAUCUCCCACAUGUGGGAGGCGAUGGAGCAUCCGGAUCCCUGGGGAUUCCAGGUCCGCAGCAUUGUGGAGAGGUACCGAGAAUUACCCAAGGAUUCGGUGACGUGGGUCUUCGUGGACUUCAUGUCGCUGUAUCAGUACAAGAGAUCCGCUGAAGAAGAUGAGUUCUUCAGGAAGGGGCUGAAGCGAAUGCACUGGCUUUACAGUCAUGAGAUUGUGCAGGUAGACAUCCUCACUGAACUCACACCUGAGGACAAGAAGUUCGAGGGCGAGAUUUUGGUGUACAACGCGACGGAAGACCAGGUGAAACUGACACCAAUCUGCGAGCUGAGGCUGAACAACACCCCCUAUGAGCUUCGAGGUUGGUGCCAGAGCGAAUCUGAGUGGUCCCGCCUGCGUAUGGAUGUGCUUGGAGGUUGUGUUCCCACUCCUCCAGAAAUAUUCAGGAAGAGGAUGCAACGGAUGCGGUUCACGCAUCGAAAUGAUGCCGAGCAGGUGCUUGCUUUGCAAGAGAAGGUGUUCAGAGACAAAGUCUCCAAGACAACACACUUGCAGCUCCAACAACUCUCUGGGGAUGACUUGGAAUGUCUACAUGACGCCUUGCCCCACUACACCAAACUGGAGUACAUGGUGGUGAACGGCAAUGCCCUGAAGGGGCAAGAUGCCGUGGCGAUGGUGACCUCAGGCGCAGCGGACAUCCAAAUGGAGUCGUGUUCUCUACAAGAUGAAGAUGCAGAUGCAAUAUCAGAGGCACUGAUGAGCUCAGCUGCUGAUCGAUUGGAACAUCUGAGUCUGACUGGAAACCGCUUCAGUGACAUCGGGACAGCUGCCCUUCGCAAAGUGAUGGAGCAGCGACCCCAGCUGAAGAUCCGAUUGUAG